ACCUUUUUGUUUGUACAGGUCCUGAGACAUGAAGAGUUUGAAGAAGGCUGUAAGGCAAGUUGCAAUGGGCCUUACGAUGGAAAGUGGAGCAAAACCAUGAUUGGCUUUGGUUCAGAAGACAAUCACUUUGUGUUAGAACUAACAUAUAAUUACGGAGUCGGCAGCUACCAUCUGGGGAAUGACUUCUUGGGAAUGACUCUUCAGUCAAGUAAGGCAGUGCGCAAGGCCAAGCAGGAGGGCUGGGCGCUGAGUGAAGCUGGUGACGGCAUUUUUGUCACUGAAGCCCCUGGAGGAUAUAAAAUCUUGUUGGUGGAUAAAGAGGAGCCACAAACAGAUCCCGUGCAGAAGGUAACCCUUGCGGUGUCUGACCUCCAGCGCUCCAUCAAUUACUGGUCUAACCUGCUUGGGAUGAAGGUCUACAAAAAGGAUGAGGCCAACAAGAAGGCUGUGUUAGGUUACGCAGAUGAUCAGUGCAAACUUGAGCUACAGAACAUUAGCGAGCCUGUUGAUCAUGGGACAUCUUACGGAAGAAUCGCUUUCUCCUGCCCAAGGGAGCAGCUGCCGGAAAUCGAGGCGGAGAUGAAGAAGGAGAACCAGAAAAUCCUGACUCCGUUGGUUAGUUUGGACACUCCUGGAAAGGCGACGGUAGAAGUUAUCAUUCUGGCCGAUCCUGAUGGUCACGAAAUCUGCUUUGUGGGUGACGCUGCUUUCCGUCAGCUUUCCAGAGUGGAUCCUGAUGCCAACAAACUACUGGAUGAUGCUAUGGCGGCAGAUAAGAGUGAAGAAUGGUUUUCAAAACACAAACUGGAAAAGCCCUCGGCCUGAUCGUUAGGGGACGUGGGAUAAAACCACAAACGCAUCUGCCUGGUGCAAUCCUCAACCCCUCGUGCUUGAUUCUGAGCCUGAAAACUGUGUGACUGGACCUUUACCUUCCUGCAUGGAGAGCAGUCUGCCUGGAAGUGGCCAAUACCGUUUGUCACCAAAUCGUCUGGCCCAUGGCUCGUACUUCACCCUGUGGAAGGAAGCUAAUGGUGUACGCAAUCUCUCUUUAUUUCACAGACUUUUUUUCUUUGUCUCAAACUCCCAACAUGGUCAUUAUUGCACUGUCUAUCCAUCAAUCAGAGCGAGCAUUUAGCAUUGAGCUCUUAGGGGAGUAGGGGCAGGGGGAUAGUGGGACCCAAUCUAUCAACCUCCACCCCACCAGCUGAAAGAGGUGGGGAGAUUAGAAGCCGAUGGAAAUGCCCCAAAUCAAAAUUAUUAGGAGGAUAGUUAAACCUCUUCACUCCUCAAACCUCCGCUGCUUAUAGACAUAUUCAAAAUAUUGCUGUGAAAUCAUGGGUUAAGUGUUGGUGCUGAUAUGUUUGCUUUGCCAAGACCUGGCUCUGCGGAAACUGCUCUGCGUAAAAAGGCUCUUUCCCUGCAUAAGCUCGUGUUUAUUUUUCCAUCAACAUGAAAUAACUUCCAAACUGGUUGUAAAUGUUAAUGUUGGCUGGUGAUUGGUGCGUCUUACCUUGGGAACAUGUGGAAAGUCUCUCAUUUACCAAGGUUGGAGCUUGCUUGUUAAAUGAGAGACUUUCCAUAUGUUUUCCCCACUCCUCCCCCCAUCUCCCUCUUCCCCCAACCUGCAAUUGUCAUUACUACUUGACUUCAAUAUUGAGAUCGAUUGUUGAGCUGGUUUUGUUUAACAUUAAGAAAUGGAAAUGAAUUGCUCUCCCUCCGAUAUAUACUGUUGGAAAGCUGACAGUACAUAUUGGAGUGUUAACCUUGUGACGAGGUUCUCUGUUCAGUCUUGAAUUAAAAACUUUGAAUUAAAAACAUCAAACCUUCCUCCAACUAA